CGCCCGCGAUGCCCGUGCGCCCCGGACUCCCGCUCCCGCUCCCGCCGCCGUCCCGCGCCGCGAUGGCACCGGUGCUGCCGCUGCUGCUGCUGCCGCUGCUGCUGCUCGCGGAGCGGGGCGCCUGGGCCGGGGACCCCGGGGAGGACCCGCACAGCAAGCACCUGUACACGGGCGACAUGUUCGCGCACGGCAUCCAGAGCGCCGCGCACUUCGUCAUGUUCUUUGCGCCCUGGUGUGGGCACUGCCAGCGCCUGCAGCCCACCUGGAACGACCUGGGGGACAAGUACAACAGCAAGGAGGACGCCCGUGUCUACGUGGCCAAGGUGGACUGCACGGCCGACUCGGAAGUGUGCUCGGCCCAGGGAGUGCGCGGCUACCCCACCUUGAAGUUCUUCCGGCCGGGCCAGGAGGCUGUGAAGUACCAGGGCCCCCGAGACUUCCAGGCACUGGAGAACUGGAUGCUGGAGACGCUGGGCCAGGAGACAGAGAGUGACCCAGAGGCAGAGUCGGAGGCAGAGGCUGAGGCGCCCUCGACCCCCGAAUACAAGCAGGGGCUGUACGAGCUGUCGGCCGGCAACUUCGAGGCGCAUGUGGCUCAGGGCGACCACUUCAUCAAGUUCUUUGCUCCCUGGUGUGGCCACUGCAAGGCUCUGGCGCCCACGUGGGAGCAGCUGGCCCUGGGCUUCGAGCAGUCCGAUGCCAUCAAGAUCGGCAAGGUGGACUGUACCCAGCACUACGAGCUCUGCUCUGCCAACCAGGUCCGAGGGUACCCCACGCUCCUCUGGUUCCGGGAUGGCAAAAAGACUGACCAGUACAAGGGCAAGCGGGACCUGGACUCGCUACGAGACUUUGUGGACACGCAGCUCCGCAAAGCCGAACCGGAAGCCCCAGAGAGUGAGCAGCCAGCGGAGGCUCCUGUGCUGGGCUCUCAGCCUGCAGCCAACCAGGGCACCGUGCUGGCACUCACGGAGCAGAACUUUGAAGACACGGUGGCAGAGGGCGUGACCUUCGUCAAGUUCUAUGCCCCAUGGUGUGGCCACUGCAAGCAGCUGGCGCCCACGUGGGAGGAGCUGUCUACCCGGGAGUUCCCGGGCGUGUCAGGGGUCAAGGUGGCCAAGGUGGACUGCACAGCCGAGCGCAACCUCUGCAGCAAAUACUCGGUACGCGGCUACCCGACCCUGCUGCUGUUCCGAGCAGGCGCCCAGGUCGGCGAGCACAAUGGGGGACGCGAUCUGGACUCGCUGCAGAGCUUCGUCCUGGGUCAGGCCCACGACGAACUGUAGGGGCUCCUGGGCGAGCCCCAGCCUGGGCGCAGUGGACAUUCCUCGUUCCUCUGCCCACACCCUGCACCGCCCUGGCCCCGCGGCGCCUGCCCUUCUCCCACCCGAUCUGAACGGUUCUUUGAGAUGAAAUAGAGCGGAAGGAAAGCAAAUUGCCAGACUGUUUGGGGCUCCAGAGCAGCCUGGGGAAGGGGUGGGAUUCAGAGCAGGGGACCCCAAGGGUCCCAAUUAGGGUUGGGAAGGCCCCUCACACCCACCCCAGGAUGAAACAGCCUCCAGGGCCAGACAGCAGGAAGGGGUGAGGGUAGGGCUGUGACGAUGGUCUUUGUACCCUCCUCUCCUCUCCCUCCUUUCUCUUUCCCCUCCUCUCCCCUCCUCCCUUCCCUUCUCCUUCCCCUCUCCUGUGUCACGUGAAGGUUGUGCCAGGCUCCUUUAAGAAGGGGCUUCUCCCUGCUGUGUGGGGGUCAGUCACUGCCAGGCCUGUCCUUACCCAGCAAGGGCCCCCACUUCCAGCAUCCAGGGGGACCCCGGGAACAGCCACACCUCCUGGGCGCGUGGCCAGGGCUCCUAGUCUGGGUCCCUCCCUU